AUGUAUGUUCAGUGUUGUCAACAUAUUGGCAAAGAAGAGAAGUUGAUAGUUUGCUUAUAUGUGGAUGAUCUGUUAAUCAUAGGGAGCAGUAAGGAGAAAAUCCUUGAUUUCAAAAUCCAAAUGUUAAAGGAAUUUGAAAUGAGUGAUUUGGGAAGGUUGAGCUAUUUUCUUGGGAUUGAUUUUACUAAGAUUGAUGAUGGAAUUGUAAUGCAUCAGUCCAGAUAUACAUUGGACAUGUUAAAUAAAUUUGACAUACUUUAUUGCAAUUCUACAAAUACUCCAGUAGAGGUGAGUUUGAAGAUGGAGAAAGAUCCUGAAGAAGAAGGAGUUGACCCUACUGAGUACUGGAAGAUGGUUGGGAUCUUAAGGUAUCUAUGCAAUACUAGGCCUGAUCUCAGCUACAGUGUAUGUGUUAUAAGCAGAUAUGUGCAGAGUCCAAGAAUUUCUCACUUGAAUGCUGCUAAGUGGUUCAUCAAACUUAUAAAGGUACUAGGGGUGUUGGUCAAGCCAAAGCGCAUGACUAACCAUUCAUACAAACCAAACAUGGUCUUGAAAGCGAUUUUCCAUUCAUCUCCUUCUUUGAUUCUAAUUUGA